AUGUCGAGACUCACUGCGGGUCCUCACCGGUGCUCUGGGAGAGUGGAAGUGCUUCUUGGACGUUCCUGGUCCACAGUGUGUGAUGCUGACUUUGACCAGCAAGAUGCAGAGGUUGUGUGUCGAGAGCUGAGCUGUGGGAUUCCUGUGAAGGUGCUGGGAUCAGCUGCUUUUGGCCGAGGGGAGGGUCACACAGGGGCGCGGCUGGUGAACGAACCGGACUCCUGUUCUGGUCGAGUGGAGCUCCAGUACCUCGGUGACUGGGGCACAGUUUGUGCUGUAGGCUGGGAUAUGAGAGCUGCAGAUGUUCUCUGUGCACAGCUGGAUUGUGGGAGUGCUGUGGCUGUGGUGGAGGUGGACUGGUUUGGGGAGGGGAGUGGCCACAAGUGGGCUGAUGUGUUUGAUUGUCAGGGGAAGGAGACACACCUAUCACAAUGUGGCAUCUCAUCAUGGAGUCGAGCUGCAUGCUCUCAUAAACACGAUGCUGGAGUCAUCUGUAAUGGAUCAUCCGUGGCAUUUCAUGAGGGGCGAGUGCGGUUGUCUGGAGGGAGCGAGUGUCAGGGGGAGGUGGAGAUUUAUUUCAGGCAGGACUGGAGGAGAGUUCUCCUGGACUCGUGGAGUCUGUCUGAGGCGUCUGUGCUCUGCAGACAGCUGGGCUGUGGCUCCGUGCUGAACUACCGCUCCUCUCCAUCCACCACUGAACACAAACACAUGUGUGUAACGGGUUUCAGCUGCUCUGGGAGUGAAGCUCAUCUGGGGAACUGCAGCAGUGCACAACCUGUCAACUGCAGCUCCGGGGAACAGCUGUACAUCACCUGCUCAGGUAUCUUUAACCCCGCCCUCAGCUCCAUCAGGCUGGUUGGUUCUGGGGGAGACUGUGCAGGAAGGCUGGAGGUUUUCCACAGCGGCUCGUGGGGGACAGUGUGUGAUGACUCGUGGGAUAUUGAGGAUGCGCAGGUGGUGUGCAGACAGCUGCAGUGUGGAGUGGCCCUCAGUACACACAUACCAGCCUGGUUUGGUCCUGGAACUGGGUCCAUAUGGCUGAAUGAGGUGGAGUGUGAGGGGAACGAGACGUCCCUGUGGAACUGCAGAUUUCAGCUGUGUGAAGAGGGUGAAUGUGGACACCAGGAGGACGUAGGAGUCGUGUGCUCAGAGUUUAAAGAGAUCCGACUCACAGAGGGCUGUGAGGGGAAUCUGGAAGUGUUCUACAAUGGAACCUGGGGUAAUGUGUGUCACAGUCAGAUGGAUGAGGAGACAGUAAACAUGGUGUGUCGAGAGCUGAACUGUGGAAGACGUGGCAGUCUGUCAAACACUGAAGCACGAGUAAAAUCUGCUCCUAACUGGCUGGAUUAUCUGAAGUGUAGGAAACACGACUCUAAUCUGUGGCAGUGUCCAUCUUCACCCUGGGGACAGAACACAUGUGAUAAUGGUGAUGAGGUGGCUCGUAUUACCUGCACAGAUGAUGGAAAGUCUCUACGUACACAAGAAAAGUGCUCUUCAUUUCCCUCUCAGAAACACUGCUCAAAGCACUGGUCUCUCAGGCUGAGUGGAGGAGAGGGAAGCUGCUCUGGGAGGUUGGAGGUGUAUCAUAACGCUACGUGGGGCUCCGUUUGUGAUGAUCAGUGGAACAUCAGGAACGCUCAGGUGGUGUGCAGACAGCUGGGCUGUGGGUCGGCGCUGAGUGCUGAUAGGAAUGUUAGUUCUGGUCCUGGUGAAGGGACUAUCUGGCUGAACAGAGUGAAGUGUCGAGGGGAUGAGAUUCACCUGUGGGACUGUCAUCAUUCCCUGAAGAAACACACUGACUGCUCUCCUGCUGGAGUCACCUGUGCAGACUUAUCUGUGUCCACUGCUAUUACACCCACAUCAGCAACACACACCACCCCAACAGGUACAAUAUUUAUUACUGUUCACCAUUUUUCUAAAUAUUUAUGAAAAGAGUGUCCUGUG